CCCAUUUGCGGUGCAGUGUAGAAGACAAGACAGAAAACCGCGUCGACUGUGCACCGUAACACAUCUGAUCGCGCCCCCCACCCUUGGCUUUCAUUUCAAUUUGCUUUAGAUCUUAUCUCGGACUUUUUGUGAUAUUCCAUCGCGGUUCCCAGAAUUGAUUCAUAGCAUAAGCCCCAACAGGAUCGUCGUCUCCUUUCUCUCCGUUGCUUCCUGCUCGCCCGCCCCAUCGGCCGUUGCCACGCCAUGUCGAUAAGGUCCGUGAAAGUCAGCAAUCUUUCUCUCAGCGCGUCCGAGCUGGAUAUAAAGGAGUUCUUUUCGUUUUCAGGUGAAAUCGAACAUGUUGAAAUGCAAAGCGGCGAUGAGCGUUCUCAAGUCGCAUAUGUGACCUUCAAGGAUCCCCAAGGCGCAGAGACUGCUGUUCUUCUGUCGGGAGCAACAAUAGUUGAUCAGUCUGUUACUAUUGCUUCGGCUCCAGAUUACAAGCUGCCAGCUUCUGUUCCCAUCCGGCCAGCUCCUAUGGAAAACAGGAGUAUAGGUGAAUCUGGAACCGCUGUCCAAAAAGCAGAGGAUGUUGUCACAAGCAUGUUGGCCAAGGGGUUCGUUUUGGGCAAAGACACUGUUAACAAAGCAAGGGCCUUCGAUGAUAAGCACCAGUUCACUUCCACUGCCGCCGCCAAAGUUGCUUCUAUCGACCAAAAGAUUGGUCUCAGUGAGAAGAUUACUGCUGGCACAACCAUGGUGAAUGACAAAGUAAGGGAGAUGGACCAAAAGUUCCAAGUUUCUGAGAAGACCAAGUCUGCAUUUGCCGCUGCAGAGCAGACUGUUAGCAGUGCUGGAUCUGCCAUAAUGAAGAAUCGUUAUGUUCUGACUGGGGCUUCAUGGGUCACUGGUGCAUUCAGUAAGGUUGCCAAGGCUGCAGGGGAUGUUGGGCAGAAGACAAAAGAUAAGGUUCUGGCCGAGGAAGAGCAGGCAAGAAGAUUGGAAGGUUAUGAUCAGAUUCAUGGGUCAGAGUCCCCAAAAGCUACUGGUGGUGAUCAAUCUUCCAAGCCUCCACCUGCUCGGGGUUUGAUCCUCUGAUUUGUUAGAAUUUAUGUAAUGUGAAUAGUUGGCAAUGGAGUUUGAAUUAAAAUAGGUCUGUCUUUCAUAAUUGCAAGACGCAUGUAGUAGCUUGUACAAGCGUUCACUGCACAAUUGUAGUUUGGUUUUACCGUUUGCGGUUUUGCCAUGUUGAUAUAUUACUUCAAUUGGCUUUCA